AUGCUAGUGACUAUGCUGUCGGAGCGGUCUGGGCAGAGAAAGGAGAAGAAGCUGCACGUGAUCUACUACGCCAGUCGCACACUUGAUGAAGCUCAGUGCAAGUACGCUACGACUGAGAAAGAACUAUUGGCGUACUUGCUGACGAAGAAGGAUGCGAAGCCGAGACUCUUGAGAUGGAUUCUUUUGCUUCAGGAGUUCGAUCUGGAGAUCAAGGAUAAGAAAGGGAUUGACAAUGGUGUAGCUGAUCACCUGUCAAGGAUGAAGAUCGAUGAUGACGUCCCUCUAGACGACAGCGUCUACGCUGUUGAGGUGAUCGAUUACGGCGAGCCCCUGCUCGCAGAUGACGGAGUUCGAUCGAAUGCUGGUGACAGAGCUCAGAGGGAGCAGAUCACACGGAGGCAUCAUGCUCGCGCUUGUGAGCCAGCUCCGCUCUUACCAGGAUUGGGCGUCGAGGAACAGAGGCAUCCGGCACAAGUGCACGUUACGGAUGGGCGGCUUGAUCACACAUCUUUACGCGCCGUCGGUUUCACGCCUGAUAGGGAGGAGGAGGUCGCACCACCCGAGGGGCUCGGCCUCGAGUACCUGAGGAACAGCGUCUUCCUGCAGAAGACGUCAGACGAGAGACAGCUCCUCUACCAGUUCGUUCACCUUCAGCUCGGCGCUUCCCGCAUGAUGCUUCCCAGCCCCAGCUGGACCACGAUCAGAGGAGGGUCCAACGUCGAGUUCAACCCACCUCAGUCCGCUCUUUACACGGGAGAUAGACCGUCCGCUAGAGACUAUGCCACAGCUCCGGCGACCACACACCGCGGUGAUCGGUCACACGCAGAGCUUGACACCACGCAGACGGACGAGCUCGACCACUUCCACUUCGCGGGCUACACCACCACUGCCAGACAGAGCGCCGGACUGAAGGCGGCUCACCAGCACAUCAGCAUUCUUCAGCGGUGGAACAAGACGCAGACAAGAUCGCCAGCAAGCUCAAGAGCAAGAUGA